AGCUGGCCAAAUACAACCAAUGUCUGGUCGUAAAUGUUAAAGUCGCUAACGAUCAGCUGUGUGAAAGUUUAACAAUCUUAGAAACUGUUGGUGAUGCUUUCCAACUUUACAAAGUGGAACUACUUAACAGAAGAAGUAGUCAAUGGAAGCGAAGGAAUGGCUCCUGAAAUGCAUUCGGAUUCAGGAAUUAGUUCUUGGGGGCAUUUUUGUUUGCCGGAAGAGGGAAUUGAUUGAAUUUGAGCAAUAUGGAUAUGAACCUGAAUGGGGCUUCUUCGUCUAGGCAAAGCGAAAUUUAUAUAGCAACGGAAGAAUGGGAGAUUGAUUUGUCAAAACUGCGUAUUAAGAAUGUUAUAGCUAAUGGAACCUAUGGUACUGUAUACAAAGGUGUUUAUGAUGGCCAAGAUGUUGCAGUGAAGGUUAUGGAUUGGGGUGCGGAUGGCGAUGCCAGAACUGCUGUUAACCGUGCAUCAUUUGAACAAGAGGUUGCUAUCUGGCAUAAGCUUGACCAUCCUAAUGUUACAAAGUUUAUUGGUGCUUCAAUGGGAACUUCAAAUCUCCAAAUUCCUUCGACAAAUUCUGAUGGUCAGGGUUCCCUCCCUGCAAAUGCAUGUUGUGUUGUUGUGGAGUAUCUUCAAGGAACACUGAAAAAUUAUUUAAUGAAAUAUCGACACAGGAAACUUCCAUAUAAGACUGUGAUACAGCUUGCAUUGGACCUUGCUAGAGGUUUGAGUUAUUUGCACUCGAAGCAGAUUGCACACCGAGAUGUUAAGACCGAAAACAUGUUGUUGGAUACUAAAAGAACUGUAAAAAUUGCGGAUUUUGGUGUUGCUCGUGUAGAAGCUAAAAAUGCAAGCGAAAUGACAGUUUUAACCGGUACCCUCGGGUACAUGGCCCCCGAGGUUCAACGUGGUGAUCCUUAUAAUAGAAUGUGCGAUGUAUACAGCUUUGGUAUAUGCCUAUGGGAAAUCUACUGCUGCGAUAUGCCAUUUCCUCAUCUAAGCUUUACCGAUGUCUCAUCUGCAUUUUUCCAGCAGCAUUUACCACCAGAAAUACCGAGAUGUUGUCCAAGUGCAUUAACAAACAUCAUGCAAAAAUGUUGGAGUGGAUACCCCGAAAAUCGACCAAGCAUGGCUGAGGUGGUUAGGUUGUUAGAGGCUCUUGAUACCAGGAAAGGAGGAGGCAUGAUACCAGAGGGCCAAAAAAGUGGAUGCUUUUGUUUCGGUGUUCCCCGGGGUCCCUGAUUCUUCCUUUCUUUAUUUUCUACAUAUUUAUUAUGUUGCAGUAUUAC